GCCUGACGAGGAAGGAUGCACACUCGUCCUUGCCAGGCCCGGCCAGCACUUCCAGGCCGGCGAGCUGCGGCAGCUGCCUUACCCCGGGUAUAUAAGGCCACACGCCUCCUGGAGCUGCACACACUCUCAGUCCACUGGUCAGUGACCGACGAGCCUCCCAAAGCUUCUCCUACAGCUCAACGCUCCCUCCAGCAGUUCAAGAUGAACUUCCUCCGCGUCGUGGCAGUACUUGUGGCGGUGCUGGUCGCCGUGGCCUCCGUCACCGAGGCGUCGCCCUUCUUCGGCCGCCGCGGCGGAGGUCGUGGCGGUCGUCGUGGCGGUGGCGUCUCAAACGGCGUCAACGGCAUCAUCGGGGAUGCGUACUCCGAUGUCGGAGGAAACAUCUUCCCCGCCUACCCCAACCCUCUGGGCUUCGUGGGAUAGGCAGUGAUGACGAGCCUGCCGCAUCAUCAUCAGCAGCAGCAGCAAGAGGACGCAUCAAGGACAAGAACAAGAACGCAGUGCCGCGCGCUGUCGCCGUCGGCGCUGUUGGUCGGCGGCCGGACGCCAGGUCGUGCCGGGAAGUGGUCGCCGCCGCGUCCUGGCCACCAGCAGGCCGCCACAUACCUCGUCGCUGCAACGAGCGUCAGUGGCGCCCACGUGCAGUAGCAACAAGGCUGCAGCAACAAGUCUUAUUUAUCGAGGCGAGAAGUGUUACACAGUCGGGAGAAAAGUCCGCAGGUUGUCUCCCCCAAAGUGUGAGGCUGUUAGUGUGUUUUGUGGUGAAUCAGAGAAGUCGCAGAGUGCGAGUCUCGAGCACAUCCGCUGAUGACAGUGUAGAGCUGCGACGACAUCAGCUGACAUUGUGGCGCAGGCCAGAGGCGGCCCCGUUGGGGUCAGCGUGACUCUGACCUGCAUGGUAUUUUAGCACCAGAAAUAUUGUAUUUGUCUGUGAUUGGCAGCCAUUUGUCUUGUUCCAGUUCACUCUACGUCCAAGUGUGUUUGGCGGCAGAUAUUUCAGUAAAGAUUUUUUCAUUGUUGUGAUAAAAAUGUUACUGUAAUCUUAGCACUAAUGAUCUGCUUGCUCUCAUUACUUUACUUUUAAGAGAACUAACGAAUUGUAUAUUUCCUUUCGGUUCAGUGUUGUUUGUGCAACAUACCAAAUUAUAUGAACAAUUUACA